AUGAAUAUAAUCGUAAUUGACAAAAACAUGGGUGAAAAAUAUAUUGAUUUUAUUACCAAUCUUUACCUGGAAGGAUUGCAAUAGAAUGAAAUGAAGAUACCAGAUUUUAUGCAAUAUCACAUUUAUCAAGAAUUUAAAACUAAGUCAAUGGUUGUAGUUAUAGAUAGCUAAUUGGUGCUUCAGAAGUCUUCUGAAUCGAAAGAAUACAAGUUCAUUGAAUUUGUGGUUGAUAAUAGAAGAAUAUUUGUUCACUUGAAUCCACUCCCCUAAUAUGAUAGCAAAGGCAAUCCCAAACUGGAUGAAUAUUAGUAUACAGCUCAUAUUCUAUUAAAAGCUAAUAGAGAAGGAAGCAGUAUCCUCAUGAUUUAUUUGAUCAAAGUCAGAGUUAACAUUCGGAGUGGCACAAAUAAUUUGAAUAUAAAUAUUAUUAUGAAAAGUGAGCAUUAAUCAUUAUUGAUGACAAAAAGAGAGGAAUUUCGAUUCUCCAUUAGAAAGGAGAGACUAGAAGAUUUGUUCAGCCAAAACCGCAAGAGAAGUUGCGUUAAUAAUGAAGUCGAUCCCACAAUUGAAAUUCCCUCUUUUGCUGAUUCACAAGAACUUCACAAUUAUCUCAUUAAUGGCGAUAACAGCCAACAGAAAUUAUUGAAGGCUGCGAAUGACAAGCAAUUGCUUGCCAAAUUGUUUCUUGGGGCACAAACCUCAGAUUACUAUUCCAUAAUAAUUUUGAGUAAUAUUUGCACCAAAAUGAAUCUUGCAGAAUGCGAAGUGCUUUUUCUGAAUCAAUUGAAAUUGGCAAAACAAAGAAUGGACAUCAGAAUGAUUGAUAAUUUAUUUGAUGCACUCAAUAGUGUUUGUUCCUAAGAAUUAACACUAAAAUAAUUAGAAUACUUAUUAAAUAAUAAUCUCAUCCCUCUUGUCAAUCAAAUACUCAAAGAAAACCAACGAGAUGUCUACUCUGACAGUGAAUUCAAAAUGAUAAAAAGUGGAUCUGAAUUACUUUGUAGAUUCUUUAAUCAAUUCAGAAUCUUCACUGAAGAAGAAUUGGAUACCAUAAUCUAAAAACAUACUCCAGAUAUUCGAUAUACUUUUUAUUUAAUGAAAUAAUUGCUUCCACUUUAAUUGCAAUACCCAAAAGUCACUUUUAUGUUUGUCAAAAAUCUCAUUCAAAUUAUCUCCUUGCAGCCUGAUAUAGCUAAUGAUUUAGAUAACUCAACCCUGUAGAUUUGCGUAUAGCUCUUAGAAAUAAGUGACAAUCAAAUUUUAAUAUCCACAAUCCUCAGAUUUAUGAUUGGGAUUAGUGCCUUCAAAGAUGAGAAAUUUGUUUAAAGAAUCUUCUUCUUAAAAGGACAUGACACAGUCAAACAAUACAUCAAUCAUGAAAGCGUUUUCAUACGAUAAGCGCUUCCACUCAAAUUACUCGCUAACUUCGCUAAUGUAGAUUCUGAAAACCUACAAAAGGAGAUUGUGUCAGAUCUCCCAUUCAUUGCAGAAGUUAUCUAGAACUUUUAGAAUUUAGACAGGACAGAUCAAAAUUACUUAAGACUCAUUUAUGGAAUCAUCUCAAACUGUUUGACAUAUACAUCUACAGAAUUGAUACAAGACUUAAGAGUAUUUUAAAUACUAAGAAUCAAAUUCCUAUUAGAGGAACCAGAAGAACUUGAAAACAUCAUUAUCUAUUUAAAUGUACUCUACACUUUACUUUACUACUACGAAGCUUAUUGCAUAGAUGAUACUGAAUUAGAAAAAAGAUUGGAGAGUCUUUUAAGUCAUAAAAACUAAGAUGUAGUGAAACUUGCUGAAGAAACCCUGAAUUUAAUUGAUCAAUAAAAGAACAGUCUAUGA